GGGACUCGGCGCAUGGAAGGCUGUGCACUUGUGCCACCCUGCAUGGAGCAUGUCGUACUGUACAUCUUCGUCUUUACUAGUUGUGUCGGGAAUGGCUCGCGCAAAAUAAAAAAAAAUACAACAUGGGUUGGCGUAGUGGUGGAACUUGAGCAGUUAGUGGCCCAUUCUCAUUCUCCGACGACGUCCUCGCUGCAACUCACCCUCCGCCAUCCUUCAUCUUUCACACCACUCCCACCACCGCGACGCCUCCUCUCCCGAACCUCCCGCGCAUAUCCUCCUCGCGUCGCCGUCGCCCUCUUCUCGGCGCUGCUGAGUUUAACCGCCCCCGCUGAGCCAUGGCUCUGGCCUUUGCUUGAUCCUUGUUCUUGAGCCUCCCCCGCCGCCAGCUCCUCCUGCCCUCCUGCCACAUUCUAUCGCACACUUCCUCGGAUCGCCAUCCUCGCUCAACCCACCCCUGCGGGCCCUCGAGGCUUUGUGACAAGCUAUGGGCGACUGGGUCCGAGGAUGGACUAGAGUCGGGCAAGCAGACCCGACCCAUUCCUACAACCGCUUCUGGGAGAUCGAGCGCGAGCUCGACGAGCAACGGACCAUCAGUGCCUGGGACAAUGAUGACAAUUGGCCGAGCAUAAAUAAACCCCUGUUUAGCGGCCCCGAGGCCAAGCGAUUCGAUGGCAAACUUGUCAAGCUCGACGAUCUCGGAUAUGGCGCUUUCGGCCGCGUCGAGGAAGUCACGUAUGGCUCCGUGCGCCUCGCCCGCAAGCGCAUCACUCGCCGUCGCGGCUUCACCAUUGAGGACUUGCGCCAGGAGAGCUUGACCAUGAAUAAGCUCGACCAUCGCCAUGUAGUCAAGCUCGUCGCAACCUAUGCGCCUCGCCCCCACGAGCUGUGCCUCCUCAUCUGGCCCGCUGCCGUCUGCAACCUGAGCAUUCUGCUGGAGGACCUCGAGUCCCUGCGCCUAGGCGAUGGGGAUCGCGAAGACAUCAUCGAACGACUCAAUGCCCUCGACCUCAAGGAUUUGAGUGCUAUAGAACCGAACACCGAGAACCAGGGCCUUGACUGCCACACCAAGUGUCCCCUUGAAUUCCUCCGCAAUGUCAUCGGCUGUGUCUCCCGUGCCAUGGCCCACUGCCACUCCAACGAUGUCCGCCACCUCGACAUCAAACCCUCCAAUAUCCUCCUGAAAGCCGACCGCGUCUACCUGGCCGAUUUCGGCAUCUCGCGAGAUGUUAGCGGACAGGACCAAACCACGACCGAGGGGCUACCAGGAACGGAAAGAUGGCGGGCUCCAGAGCUCUACGCCGACCACGGCUCCAGUAUGCAGCUUUCAGAUGUCUAUUCCCUCGGCCUUGUGUUUCUAAACAUAGCUACUGUGCUAUAUAAUGUUCGCCUGGCCGAGUUUGACGAGGCACUGAAAUACCUGUCCAGGCAGACUCGGGAAGAACAAUUGCGCAACCGCGAGGACAAGUUGAAAGCACAUCUCGAAAAAAUGACGUCCCAUGCCCUGGUGACACCCCCAUUUAUGUUUACCUUUGAAGGCCAGGAGACGGUGCGGCCUCGACCAGUCGUCAACUUGAUUUCUAAAAUGAUCACAUCAAACCCACGGAGCCGGCUUCCGGUAGACAAGAUUGACGACAAGUUAUCAAUGCUUGGCGGUAUACACCAGAUUUAUCAUGGUGAGUGCUGUAAGCGACCGAUAUCCUGGGUCGAAAAUAAGUGGGAUAGGAAAUUCACGGCAUUGGACAGCCUUCGGCAGGAGAAUGAACGUCAGAAGAAGAGAAUCGAUGAAUUGGAGGGGAGAGACAAGACGUAUGAGCUACGUCUCGAGCAUGAGCGGAAGGCGCACGAGCACACCAUCUCGGUGCUGCAAGCCAAGCUGAAGGAAGCUGAGGAGAAGUGCCGGAAGCUCGAGUCCGAAAAUGCGGACCACAAGAAAAGCUCUGGACGCGGCCCGGCCCGGCCCCUGCCGAGAGCGAACCGGAGCGGCGGUGCUGGGUCUCCCCUAUCGAGCACCGGUCUCGGGCUAUCGAAGACACGGUCGACACCCACUACACCGGCCUCGAGACCGCCUCUUCAGCCGUCGUCCCGUUCGGUUCACCGAUUUUCGAUUGAUGCGCGAUCACCGUUGGCACAGCCCCAAAUAUUCGCCCCGCGACCCCUCGGCGAUCCUACAACCCCCCGUGGACCGAUCGACAGACCAAGCUCUCGCUCCCCGAGCUUCUCCAACCUCGUCGGGUACCAACUCCGUUCUCGCGGUUCGGGCUCCAAACUCCCAUUGCCCGUGACUCCCGGCCGGAGCGAGACACCCAACCUCAACCGUGACCAGAGCUUGACCGACAGCAGCAUGGCAUCGUCAAUCUUCUCCCGCCAGAGCUUCGAGACAAUACCAACCCCCGCCCAGAGCAGCCCGGUAGUUGGUCGCAACUCCAUCCCCUUGGACGAGAGCAAGCUGCCACAGUGGGGUCAACUUGCGGAGAGGCCUGCCCCACCAACUGAACGGGUAUCUACACCUGAACAAGCUUCUCUGCCGUCUGAACCGAGCAGCCCUACCCUGUCGAUGCCCCUAUCCACCGUGUCUUCGCCAAGGACGCUCAGAUCGGAUCUCGUUAGCGAAAAUGGAGACUCAAGACGCGUGCCCGCACUCUUGAAGAGCUGGGCAGAGGUGGCCAAUGACGGCAAGAAGGUCAAAGAUCCGCGGGUGAUGGUGAGACCUCGGGCCUUUUCUAACAGAUCGCACCAAUCCCAUCAGUCACACCAGUCGAACCAGUCCAGUCAGCGGGUUGAAGUGAUGCAGAGAUGAUGGAAUCAAUUUGAGCCAUGGAGAGGCUGUCCGAUUCAUAUGCCUCGUCUGAAUGAUAAUACGACAAUAUGUAUUUUUGGUCUGUGUUGAGUUUGGGGAAUUUGGAUAUACCAUUUGUAUUUUUUGCAUAGCGCCAGUGGCCAAAAAGAAAAGCAUGAAUAUCAGG